AUGGCUUGUCUGACUCGAUUAUUGGAACCUGAUGAUAUGCACUCUGGAGAUCCAGUGUGCUGUAGACAGUGUAGCGUGCGAUGGUUUCAAUCAUUUGGUCGAGCCUUGGUAAAGGAUAAGCGUCAAGGAAUUGAACUCAAGGUUGCUUCCAAGGUCUUUGGACAGAAGUUCGCCACGGGAAGUUCGGUGACCGGGAACGGUGAUGAGAUUGUAAUCCAGGGUGACGUCAAAGAUGAAAUUAUUGACUUGCUGACGGAAAAGUGGCCAGAGGUCUACGCGAAGCGCGCACACCUUGCUUUGACACAGAAGCUAGUGGGCCCACCUAUCAAAACCAGCUCCUCGAACGCCUACCGAUUGGUUUUGCUCACCUUAACAUAUGUAAAGGAAGAAAGUCGCGGUACCUGUUUAAACAUCCUGAACAAUGUGUUUCUCAGACUCCUGUUUAAUAAUCAGCGUGGCUUGAGAAGCUCUGUUAUUUUCAAAUUAAAACCAUUUAGUGCAGACCACUUGAUCAUGCAGCGGUUCCGCAUUCUACGAAAUGCCAGCUCAUUUUCCGUAUCCCCUAAAGCCGACUUUUUGAAAAAAGUUGGGACCUCUUUUCCAGAAGACGCCAAAUCCAUUUUGACACCCUGUGGCUCACACGACAGCGUGCUGUUUCUUUUGGGACGAACAUCACGUCAUCCUCAUGAACUGUCUGGACAAUGUUCCUAUAUAAUCCUUUUCACUGAAGCCGGUCGUAGCUUAAUUUGUUUAAGAAAGAUGCGCAUUCCUGAGAAGUCCGCACAGCAGAAGCCUCGAAACCACCUUUAA